UACUUUAACAAGGCAGGGAGAAAAAAUAAUUUUCAGGAUGUGAUCCAUUAAAUCCAUGCCAGCUAAAACACGCACUGUGUUGGGCUUUUCCUUAUUAACGAAGACAAGGGAUGUAGACCUCCCAGGCUGCGGCGAGCGCGCCCGGAUGUUCGGAGCAGACAACGCGGCAGUGCCGGCCUCCUUUUUUUCUUUCUUUUCUUUAAAACAAGUAAGAAAUGGAACAAACGCUCCUCGCGGCUGGGCAUGCCCGCCAGAGAGAAGGACUUUGCAGGGAAGAAAACCGACGCCGUCACUUCUCUCGCCCGCGUCCCCCGACGUCGCUUCUCUCCGGCGCCCUCCGUUCUCCGGCCACGUGUCCCCGCUCUCCGGAGCCCCGACGGCGAAUCGGGACCGCCGGCUCCUCCCGCCGGGCCCCCUGCAGCUUGGGCAGCCCCCGGGGGUUGCAUCUCCGUGCGGAGACAAGCGAGCGACACUGAGCGGGUCCCGGCACGGCACCUGCGCCUCGGAGCCCGCAAGAGCCACCGAAAAUGGAGCCCUCCCUGGGCCGCCAGCCCCUUCUGCCUCAGUCGGGAACCCAAACGAGUCUCCAAGAGGGUCGUUCGCGGGCAGGUUUGCCUAUUGCCUAGCCCAUCCUUUCCGUGAAUACGUCGCGUUUUGACUUUUAUUACUGAUCUUCUACUAAUAGGAAUCUCUCUAUGAUGGGAUUUUUAGGAAUACGAGUUAUACGAGAAAAAAAUUAUUUAAGGAAAACUCUCUUCAUGCGCUCCCGGUGGCGAUGCUCAGUGGGAAGAGCUACGUGAGAGGAGACGUCUGCAAGAAGAACGGCGCAUCCCCCCGAGAGCCGCGCUCCCCGCCGCACAACCAGCGCUCUUCUCGGCGUGCGGACACACGUCCCUCGGAGGCUCCGGUGGGAAAGGAGAGGGCAGCGCUUCAGUAACCGAGAAAGGCUGCAGUUGCCGCCGGUUCGGCUCUCACCGGGCUCAGAGAGCUCGAAGCUUCGCUGAAGGGUCUGGCCUAACUAGAGCUGCGCCAGGGAGGCGGCAGUGAGAGCAUGCGGGCAGCACGGAGCUCGCUUGUCCAAACGACUUCGCGGCGGUUCUUGCCCGUGGGGGCUCCCCCGGCCCCGUUAUUUUCUACCGUAGCCGGCGGCAGCGAGCUCAGGUGGCGAGGACGAGCCGGGGCUCGGAGCGGAUUCGCACGGGGCCCCUCAGCGUGGGCCGCGUGGGGCGCCUCCAGGGCAGGGAGAGAGGGGCGGAAAAAAUAAA